CUAUGCCCCUUUGAGUCACAUUUCACAAUGAUGCUGGUUAUUGUUGUAAGCGAUGAGGUUGACCUUUUCUACUAUUUUUCUUUUCUUGUUUUUUUGUACUUGAAUUAGAAGCACAUUAAACUUAUUCAGAAUGUUAUAAGUUGUUGUUCUUGUUGUUGUCGUUGUUAAUUUAACUCAUUUUUCUAUUGUGAUAUUCUAAAUAACGCAUCCAAGUUUUACGUCAGCAAAUAUUGUUCAUAAAUGCAAUGCAGUUUAGAAUUUCAGAGCAUUUUCUGUUCAUUUUUCCUUUUAAAUAUUAUGAAAAUAAACAUAAUGAACUUUAUAGAAAUUUUCGUUUUUGUGAACUUUUUGCAUUUUCCAUAAUGUUGAAUGCUCAUAAUAUUAUGCUAUUUGAAACUUUAUACUUUUGUUAUAGCAAAACGAAAAACUUUAUUGCAGUUAUCUGCGUAAUAUUAUUAUUUUUCACCAUAUUUUAAUGUAUAGAGUCUUUUGCUUGCAUAUAACAAAGUUAAGUGUAGCUUUCGUAAGCCCGAAGGGGUGUAAAAAGUAAAUAUUACUUAAAGGAGCCAUAGAAACAAAGAAGAAGAAAAUAUAUAUAUACUUUGAUGAAAGUCUUUAUUGUCGGGCUUGUCGAGUAGAGUAGUAAAGUAAGUAGGUCGACGAGUUCUUUUUCUUUGAACUGAGGCCAUGUCAGCAUAUCUUACUUACUUACAUGUAUUAUGAAAAAAUAAAAUUGAACAUAUUUUUGAUUGACCUUUUAUCUCAAGCUACGCAUUCAAGCUUAGAAAGAAAGAUGUUCGAGGCGUUGCGGGAAAUAUGUUAAUCAUCAUUAAAAAUAAUUUUCUGUCAGAUUCAGACAGGCAGCCCUGCAAUCGACCAUUAACCGCUAAGCAAACGAUCUCUUAUUGAAGAGCUUGCGCCCGUACCUUUCCGUGUUAUAAUUAAACUAACAUAAAAAGUUCUAUAAAAUAAACAAACCAUCAGUAAACAUUUGAAAUUGUGCCAAAAAAACAAAAAGAAAACCAAAAAAAAAAAAAAAAAAAAAAAAACUGUCACACUAAUGUAAACACUUCGGACUAUAAACAUAUACAAAAAAUACAUAAAAAAAUCUCUGCCUCCGAUAAUGCAGGUCGAGUAAAUAAUAAAAGAAACUCGUGUGUUUUCUUAUUUGUGAGUAAAAACAAACAAAAAAUAAUUUCAGCUUUUUUAACGCUACUAGACAUUCUGCCGUUGAAAAACAUUGAUUUUUAUAUCAACAAGAAUAGUACAUAUGAGCAGGUGUAACUCGACUUGCAGCUGUUGCUGAGAGCAACUCCGUAAAAAAAGAAAAAGAAAUGAAACAUUAAGUAUAUAUAUAAGAAUAAAUGGAGAAAAUGAAAAAAAUAAAUACGGAGCAAAUAGUUAUACUUGCAUUUGAAACACCUGUCAAAUUUUUGAUACGGCGAACUCGUUUUAGUAAUUAUUGCUUUUGAGAAGGUAGAGAAGUGCAAACAACAUCAAAACUAUUUAAAGGCAAUGAAAAAGUCAAUUAGAUUCAGCGACAAUGAAAAGAAUGCAUUUGCCGUUUUAAUAUUCUUUUGGGAACGGCUAGGCUACUCAGGUUAAAUAAAGCGUAAAGUGUCGGUUUUUACGAUUGACAUAACCAUGUAAGCCACAUACAUUUCCGCUGUCUUUACUGUGGGGAAUUAACAAUGACAAAUGUAUCGUCGGCCAAUCUAAACAAAGCACUAAAAAAUGCUGAAAUCUCUCACACAACAAAUAUGCAAAAUGAACAGAAAUGUGCGCUAACAUCAUGUACGUCUACAAUCCCACCAACUGAACUUAAUACUUUAACAAAUGGUUCGUUGUUAAAGAACAAUAUACCAAUACCUGCAAUUAUCAGAGACGAGUCAAACAAUAUGUCAGACCAUUCCUCCCACUCACAAUCACCUGCUAAUGACAGCAACAUUUAUUGUAAGUCCGCCUCCCCGACAAGCACCACAACCGUAACAACGGAAACUGUGGUACAUUCGGCCGCAAGCGGCAGCAGCAAUUACUCAUCCACGCCAGAUAGGAGUUGCAGUCCUUUGCCGUCAACGUCACGACAAGUCAACCAAAAGGAUAUUGACGAAAUUCAACGUCUAUUUGAGGAGAAACCUGAAGCAUUUGAAAAAUGGCUAACGGAGAGGGCACCGCCUGAAGCUUUAAUGCGCUUGCAAGAAUUCAUUGAAAGCCAUAAAACAAAACCGAAAAGACCCUCCGUUACCUCUGACCUAUUCCAACAGUGGAUGGCCUCCUCGCCUGUACAGAAAAAUCGUACAAAUUCAUCACCUAUUGCAGUGAACAAUGCUCUUUUGGAGAAUCGUCGCCACUUAAUGGAAUUGGAUGAGGGCGAACUAUUUAUGGAAUUAAUACGUGAUGUCGCCAACGAGUUAGAUAUAGAUGUGUUAUGUCAUAAAAUCUUGGUUAACGUUGGCUUAUUAACACACGCUGACCGUGGUUCAUUAUUUCUGGCCAAAGGACCGCCCAACAAUCGAUAUUUGAUGGCAAAACUCUUUGACGUCACUCAAAAAACACCUUUAACGGAGGCCAUUAAAAAAGCUCGUUCCGAAGAAAUUAUUAUACCGUUCGGGGUUGGAAUUGCUGGUAUGGUUGCUCAAACUAAGGAGAUGAUUAAUAUUAAAGAGGCGUACAAGGACGCACGUUUCAAUUGCGAAAUUGAUUUAAAAACCGGUUAUAAAACUAACACGAUUCUAUCAAUGCCAAUAAGCAAUUACGAGGGGGAUAUUAUCGGUGUCGCUCAGAUCAUUAACAAGACAAAUGAUUCGAAAGAGUUCGAUGAAUAUGACGUUGAAAUUUUUCGCAGAUAUUUGACAUUUUGCGGUAUCGGAAUACAGAACGCUCAGUUAUUUGAAAUGUCCGUCCAAGAGUAUCGUCGCAAUCAAAUACUUUUAAACUUGGCCCGAAGUAUAUUUGAGGAGCAAAACAAUUUAGAAUGCUUGGUAACAAAGAUUAUGACAGAGGCACGUGAAUUAUUGAAAUGCGAGAGAUGCUCGGUAUUCUUAAUCGAUUUGGAUUGUUGCGAAGCGAGCCACUUGGAGAAGAUUAUCGAGAAGCCUAAUCAGAUACAAAGGCGUUAUAGCGAAUACUUUAAAGGCAAUGAGAGCAGUACCGACGACAAGAAUUCUGAUACCCGCUUCACGGUGCUAUUCGAGUUGGGUGCUGCCAAUCAGUCGGCCAAUAUAUCUAGACCUUCAGUGGAUGAUCUCAGCAAUUCAACGUUAGCCCAGAUUGCUCAGUUCGUCGCCAGCACAGGGCAGACAGUGAAUAUUGCUGAUGUUCGUGAAUGGGUGCGUGAACAUGAUCAGAUACGGACCGAGAAUGAGAUUGAUUGCAUUAAGGCCAUACUCUGCAUGCCUAUUGUGAAUGCGCAGAAAACUGUCAUCGGUGUCGCUCAAUUGAUUAAUAAGGGCAAUGGUACGCCCUUUACCGAUUCGGAUGCUUCAAUAUUUGAGGCGUUUGCAAUUUUUUGUGGUCUGGGUAUACAUAAUACACAAAUGUAUGAGAACGCUUGCAAACUAAUGGCCAAACAGAAAGUAGCCCUAGAGUGUUUGUCAUAUCACGCAACCGCUUCCCAAGAUCAGACAGAUAAAUUAGUGAACGACACCAUUAGGUCAGCCGAAACGUACAAUUUGUACAGUUUUAAAUUUAUAGAUUUUGAUUUAGAGGACGAUGAUACCUGUCGCGCUGUAGUGCGCAUGUUCCUGCAAUGCAACCUGGUGCAAAUGUUUCAGAUACCCUACGACGUGCUAUGCCGUUGGGUAUUAAGUGUACGUAAAAAUUAUCGUCCGGUUAAAUAUCACAACUGGCGCCAUGCUUUAAAUGUGGCUCAAACAAUGUUCGCCAUGCUUAAAACUGGUCGUAUGGAACGGUUCAUGACUGACUUGGAAAUCUUUGGUCUACUAGUAGCUUGUCUUUGUCACGAUCUCGAUCAUCGCGGAACUAAUAACGCGUUUCAAACGAAAACGGAAUCACCUUUAGCUAUACUAUAUACAACUUCAACUAUGGAACACCACCAUUUCGAUCAGUGUGUUAUGAUUUUGAACUCAGAGGGUAAUAAUAUAUUUCAGGCCAUGUCACCGGACGACUACCGCAGGAUAAUGAAAGUUGUGGAAAACGCUAUACUCUCUACCGAUCUGGCGGCCUAUUUUAAAAAGCGUAACGCUUUCCUAGAGGUCGUAGACAAUGGUGAAUUCGACUGGCAAAGCGAGGAUCGAAAAGAGCUGCUAUGCGGCAUGAUGAUGACGGCCUGUGACGUGAGUGCGAUCGCCAAACCAUGGGAAGUCCAACAUCGUGUGGCCAAAUUGGUGGCCGAUGAAUUUUUCGAUCAAGGCGAUUUAGAAAAAUUACAAUUAAAUACUCAACCGGUUGCUAUGAUGGACAGAGAACGUAAAGAUGAAUUACCAAAAAUGCAAGUUGGCUUUAUCGAUGUCAUUUGUUUGCCUUUGUAUCGCGUAUUGUACGAGACGUUUCCCUGGAUAAAGCCACUUUACGACGGCACUUUGGAAAAUCGUAACAACUGGCAAGAUUUGGCAGAAAAAGUUGAAAUGGGCUUAACUUGGAUUGACCACGAUACCAUCGAAAAGCCUGUCGAAGAGUUUGCAGCAUGCUCCGAUGAAGACAUCAAAGAUAUUGAAUUCACUGUAACAACACUGAAUUGCAAUCAGCAACAACAACAACAACAACAGCAGCAGCAGCAACAUGGCGAUGAAAGCUCAACGCCUGAGCAUCAACGCAGUAUUUCUCGUUUAAGCAUUAAAAAAACGGGGGCUAUAGGUAAAGCAGUCAAAUCAAAACUUACGAAGACGUUAUACACUAGUAUGGACGGAAAUGUUAAACCGAAGACGACACUGAAACUACUUGAAACUCAUGUAAGCGAAGAUUCGGAUGAGAAAAGUCCAACAACUCCUUUACAACCACCAACGGGCAGCACGUUACAAAGUAGCAUGUCGACAUCUUCGUCGGUAUCUUCUUCGGGCACGACAGCAUCGACAACUACAGAGAAGAAUAAGAAACUUUCCAAAUUGUGUGCGUUAUUGUGACGAAAACCCUCCAGUUAGGAUCUAAUAAAUUAAUUAUCAUUAACACGGUGAUAAAGACUUACAGAUUACUACAGAUGCUAACUGGAUCUCAAAAGUAUUUUCUAUCGCAUGCAAAAUAUUCAAAAACAAGAGAAGCACAAAAAUAUUAAUAUUGUUAAUAUAAGUGUGUUCGCGUGUCCUAUAAAAUUAAAUCAAAGUCAAAUAUUGUGAUCUAUUUGUA